AGAAUGCAGACUUACAGUUGUAAUUUUGAUCCCUUGAAUCAAAAAGCCAAUUGGACCGAUUUCGCUUUUGUCUCGUUAGAAAAAUAUAUUCAACAGUCGCACUCAUCGGCGUCGUUUUUCUAUUUUCACCGUGGGGCGCUUAUAGCCGAACCACAGCUCUCCUGACUCUCUGUUUCGCUGCAUUGAGUGCUUUAUCAGACGUAUUUUGGCGACAUGGCAUCCUCAGUGCCGCCGGGCUCAGCCAAUACCACAGCCGCCCAAAGCUCUAGAAAGUCGUUAGGGUUUAUAGCAAACGCAAUGAAGCGCAAAGACAGUUUCAUCCAGUUCUUCGCAAUGACAGGGAUACUGCUUUUGAGUAUCAGAUCCUUAGGUCAAAAGUACCGUCUCCAUGACCUUCAGGAAGACACUUCAGCUCUUAAGCAAGAGCAGCAAACCCUAACCGAUCGAUUGAAUAACAUCAAGCGUGGCCUACUCCACGAAGCCUCUCUCGACCCUACCGGCCUCUUCGCAUCUCGCCUUCGCGUUCUAUUCGGCGAGGAAGAUUGAAAUGAAAGCUGGUGUUAAUUUUCCAUGUUGUUGGCUGACAGUAGUGGACCUUCUAUUGUGCUACCCUUGGUUAUUUUGACUCAUCAAUUACCCUAAAGUAUAGCCGUCGGAUAGCGAUGUUUGGAUGUCGGCAUGCUCUGACUCUUUAAAUUAGUUGAAAGUAUAAAUUUGGAAAUAAACAAGUCCAACAGCUGGACACAUUCCUAAAUCUUUGGAUGUGCAUGACGUCCAGGUAACAUUAUUAACAGUGCUCAUUAUCAAUCCUUUGGUAAACAAAUUAUGUGUCUGCUGUCUGGUUAGCCUUUGCAUUUGGCAAGUCAAUGCUGGUUUCCAUGAUCCUUAAAUUGUAUCUCACCAUACACGUUGUCUCAGCAAUUGGGAGACUAUCAUUUACACGAAUUUCUCACUGAGAUUAAUGGAUGUUUUCAUUGAUAAGUAUGCUUUUGUGUAAGUUUAACUUGUUUUCACCAGCUUGGAAUUAGCAGCUUUUUUUUUUGCCAGUUUGAUUAAGGGAGUUCAUAAUUGUCUUUAUUUCAUCACUAGGUAGAUGUGAGUUAUAUUUUGUUAUUUGAUGUUAAUACUUGCUAUUGACAAAGGUGAUUGUAUUCAUGAAUAUCUUAGAAGUUGACAUCAUGUAUCAUCAACUUGGCUAAAACUCUGUAGAUUAAAAUUUCAAAAUAAUGAAUGAGAACCUAAUGACGCCCCACUUAUCCAAACUGCCUUGCCUGUCUUCCUUACAGCCCAAGAACAAACUCAUGAAGUGUUGAAAAAGAAAUAAAAGCCUGGUAAUUACCGUUAUAGUGGGAUCAUUGCUUGUCAGUUACAUCUAUUCAGAACAAUUGAGUAAUGAAAUUCCCACUUUAGUUUCUGAGUCAAAGAGCCUUUUUAAAUGUUAUAGGCUUUCUAUUGUGUAAUUGUUUGAUAUAGUUAUUUUAGAAUGGAAAAAAUGAUUCUAAUUGAUGGGGAAUGUCAAUCACUCUAGGCAUUGCUCCUAGGCUGAGGAGGGUGGUUGCAGAUGAGAGGUAGAUGACAAGGAAUAGCAUCAUUUUGUUGUUGCAGUAAAUAACCAAAAUAGGAAAUUCAAUUUGAUUUGGUUGGUGUUCCUGGACUUUCCUAUUUUAAUUUUAAAUUCUGGUCUAUCUUAAUGUUUUCAUGGACUCUAUCGCAAUUGACAUGUGUUGGUUGAUCAUUAUAGGUGCAAGUAACACAUUUUUUAAGGUUUGAUUUUUACGUGUGGCCGGAAAAGCUUUGGUUGAAUAGAAAGACACUCACUUCAGUGGAUGUAAAUAGCGGAAAACACUUAUAGCGUAAAACACUUUGAUGUAUAAGAAGCAUGUAUGGCUGGCUUUCUGGAAUGGAAAUGUACUGUUUGCUAACUUGUGUCGACUUAUUCGGUUAUGCGCUACUGUGAUUCUGUGAAA